AUGGGCAACUCUGGUAGUAUUAGCGGUGGAUCUUUUAAUUUUUCCGAACACAAGUCAAAAAGAAACCAGGAAGAGAACAAUAAUGAAGAAUCAAAACGGAGAAAAAUGGAUGGUGAGGAUUACAAACCCUAUUUCCAUGUUAAAAUUCCUCCUCCACGCGUUGUCAUUCCUCCCCAUCCACCACGAACACCUGAACAACAAAUAUUUUCUUCGAGUUCCAUCGUUUCUCCCACCACAAGAAGUGAAAGUGAAGAAACUGACAAUGAUGAUUCUGACGCAGAUGAUCGAGACCCUAAAAAUUUCACAUUUGAUGAAUUUAUAGAUGGGAAGGAUGAAUAUGUGGAUCGUGAUUGUGUGGAUGAUGACGACGAUGAUCAGGAGAGAGUUUUCUUGAACGAUUCGGAUGGAUCUGAUAACUUUUAUGAUAAUCCCUAUAUGUUUCAGGAGAUCAAUAUCUCUGCAUUAUUCGCUUCAUAUCGUUCAAAUGCAUGUCAAAUUGCACGGGAGUCGGGCUUAUCAAUCGAGACGGAUUAUUGUGAAAUAUUGAGUUUAUCCUACAUUCUGCUGUUGCAAGUCGACAAGUUCUCGGACCUUCAAAUACAAGAAUUUUCUAGAGAUACUCUAGAACAAUUACGGAAAAACAUGCGUAACUCAUACGCAGUGAAGACAAAAGUUGCACCAGAUGUUAAAGCAUUAUUUCGGGAAUACAUUGAAAUUGCGCUCGAUGAAGACCUCGGUUUGGAAGAUGUUGAAAAGGCUAUAGAAGGAUCAUUUGCGAAAUCUUUCCAAGAUACCACUGAUCAGAAAAAGUUUGGAAUCAUGCGAUUUAUUUUUUUACAGCUGGUUAAAAAUAUUCCCAUCAAUCCAUUGGAUGACCUUCUUACUAGUAUGAGUUCGAAGGUUCGCAAGCUUGCCAAUUUUGACCCUUCACGGGCAAAACAGCCGGAUAUGAUCGGCAAUAUAGUGAAUAAUAACAAAUCUAGCUACGAAAUGAUGUUUGGAGAGAUAACCGGAGAAGGAAAAAACAAUAAAGCCAAGAAGAACAACUUGGAUCUCGUCAGAUUAGGCGUCUUCAUGAAAGAUGCUCUUGAUAUACUGGUUAAGAAGUUAGGAAAAGACCGUAUUGUUUUUUCAUGGCAAAGCAUUGUGACAUCAUGGACCGGCUAUAUUAUGGUUUUGGUUGCUCCCGGACUUUAUUUAAUGAUCGAUGUUGGCCAUACUGAGCUUCCCAAGUCUUUUCAGACCUGUGGACAGUUCAUCAAUGGUAUUGAUAAUUUAUUUACAUUUGCGGGAAAAUAUAAGUGUGAAGUCAAGAGGACUCGUGAUGAUAUUAAUCGAAUGAAAGAACAAAAGAAAGAUGAUGAUUCUAUAGAAGCCAUCAAAUGGUGUCGAGCUACGUUGGGGACGUCACAAUUCAGGAAACUAGUGAAAAGAACGUAA